AUGCAGCCCCUCACGUUAGCUGUCAUUGGAAUUGCCCUUGUGGCCUUUGUGGCCAUCUCUAUCCUGAAUAAUGUGCGGCGUCCCAAGAAGGCAGAGGCAGACCACCAAUUGCCCGGGCCCAAAUUAUUGCCAAUCAUUGGACGCAUUCACGAUAUGCCUAUCCAGAAGAUGUGGAUCAAGUUCAAGGAGUUUGCAGACAUCCAUGGCCCCAUCUACUAUACAGAGAUGCUUGGCACAAGUUUCAUCAUUGUGUCUGAUGAGAAGAUCGCCGAAGAACUUCUUGUCAAGAAGGCCAAGUACAACUCAGACAGACCUGCCGUACCCUCGCUCUUUGACUCCAAGAGUACUCAUGGAUCGAUGGAAUACCUCCCCCUUAUGGGAAAGAACCAAUAUUGGGCUAGACAACGUCGCUUCACUCACGGCUACCUGACGCAAGCAACUAAUGCUGGCUACUAUGGUGUCAUGCAACACGAAGUCAAGAGAUGGAUGUUCCGUCUUUUGGAGAACCCUGACGCCUUCAACUAUACUCUCGAGGAUAUGGCUUCCAAGAUCAUGUGUACAUUGAACUGGGAUGACCCAAGCUUGAGUGAAUAUUGUAUCGGUAGUGCUUGGGGUCUGCUUACACAGAUGUCUCCCGCUGGCCCCAUCACCAACAUCCUCACACCUCUCUGGCGGUUACCCGAAAUCAUCAAUCCUUGGAAGAGAGCCGAACACAAGCGUCAUGACGAGCAACAACGCUGGUGGAUGGAAAAUCUUGUUCGUGUCAAGACCAACAUGAAGGCAGGCACUGCUCGUUGGAGUUUCACCAAGCAGUUCCUUGAAACAGAAAAGACCAACAACCUUUCCGGCGACUACGAAGCAUCCUCGGUUCUGGGUAUGCUCGCACUGGUUGGUAUCUUUACCGUUGCUGGUCCUCUCAAUUACUUCCUCGUUGCCAUGGUCCACCACCCCGAGUGGCUUAAGAAGGUUCAAAAGGAAAUUGACGAACAACUCGAAGGACGUAUGCCGAGCAUCGAAGACUUUCCCAAGCUUCCUACCCUCCGCGCAUGUAUCAAGGAAUCUAUGCGCUGGCGUCCAAACGUCCCCACUGGUGUUGCACACGAGGCCGAGCAAGACGACUACUACCGCGGUUACUUCAUCCCAAAGGGCGUUCGCAUCUUGCCUCUCGACUACGCAUUCCUCUUGAACCCAGUCAAGUAUCCCGACCCAGAGAGCUAUCGCCCAGAACGCUGGCUUGAGGCCGGCUGGCCAACUUUCCAAGAGCCAUUGACACAACAUCCCAACAUCAAGGGCAUGACAUCCUUUGGCUUCGGUCAAAGGCAGUGUCUCGGCAUGUCAUUGACGCAGGACGAGCUCAUUGUGGCUUGUGGUGCGCUAGCGUGGGCGUACAACCUCAAGCGCAAGGUUGACCCUUCCACCGGCCGAGAGAUCGAGGUGCCUACCGACAAGUGCAACUCUCUCCUCAUCGUCAAGCCGGAUCCAUUCGAGAUGGCCUUUGAGCCUCGCAGCGAGGCCCGCAAGGCAGACGUCAUUCGCGAGUGGAAGAUGUCCGAAGCUAAGGAUCUCGAGGAGCGGGCUGCGUUUGCUAGGGCCGCAGCGCUUGGGCAGACGCAAAAGUUUGACGACAUCAUCAUCUAA